AUGACUGUCAUGGACUUGAAAGACAAGGUUGCUAUAAUAACUGGUGCUGCUUCGCAAACCGGAUUGGGAUAUGGAGUAGCCGAAAGAAUCUGCUCAAAAGGAGCAAAGGUCGUCCUCUCUGACUUUCUAGAUGAGGAAGGCAAAGCGUCAGCAAACGCACUCAACGCCAAGUUUGGUGAAAAGACGGCCAUUUACGUACACUGCGACGUUACCAAAAUCGCUGAUCAGCAAGCCAUGUUUGAUGCUGCUCGUGCCGAAUUCGGACGUGUGGAUAUUGUGCUUAAUAACGCUGGUAUUGCUGCACACAACCUCUCAGACGCCAUUGCCGAAGAAGGAACAACCAACUGGCACCAAAUCAUCGACAUUAAUCUAACCGCUGUGAUUCAAGGAAGUGUACUGGCAUACAAGGAGUUUGCCAAAAGCGGAACCAAGGGAGUUAUAAUCAACACGGCUAGUCAGACUGGUCUACAGCCAUAUCCAAAUCACCCUCUCUACUCGUCCGCAAAGUGGGGUGUAGUAGGCUUCACAGCUGGAUGUGGUGGUGCUUGGUAUGACCAGACUGGUGUUAGGGUUAACGCCAUUUGUCCAGGCUACGUGAGGACUCCAUUGUUAGAAAAGGGAUAUACAGAAAGCGAGCAGAUGCGAUUCAUCGUUACUGCUAGUGGUGGAUUUGUAGAGCGCGAUGUGGUAGUUGAUGCCUUCGAACGUGCCAUUACGGACGAAAGUCUAAUUGGCAAAUCCCUCUCUGCCAACACUGUUGUCGGUGUGCAAGUCUUUGAUUACCCUCCAGUAGUCAUUGCUUAA